AGCCCGCCGCGGCUAGCCGGACGAGCAUCAUUGUUCGCUGGAGUUGUGCGGGCCGUUUGUUAUGGGUCGUGCCCGUGUGGUCGCUCCAUCACCCACAGUCGCCAACUGUCCGGCACACGAAGCCGGCAACUCGGGGAAAGCUGCGAUAAGAGCCGGCACAGACCAAGAUGACACUUAUUACCACCUCAUAGUUUUCCUGCCUGCCGGCUUUCACCAUGAACAUCAUUCAAGACAAACUAGGAAAUGAAUUCCUGCGCUCCAACGGGGGUAUGGACUCCAAUUUCGGCCCUGGCAUGAUUAUGUUUAGCCAUCUCCCGCCGGUGACCAGCUUCACCCGGCUGGCCGCCCACUCCGUCAUGCAGGACCUGCCACCGCAUGAAAUGAUCCUGAAGAAGGAGCGCGACUCACCUGACUGCAGCAUGGGCACCCAGGGUGGCAGCUUCGGCUGUGCAGGAGUGGGAGACUAUGUUCACUCGAUGGGUAUCAAGCAGGAGAAGAUGUCAGAGCAUGAUUAUCGCCUGCCGCUCUACCCUGGAGGCCAUGGGAAGAGCACAGAGCUGCUGGAGGUGACAGUCAGUAACAACCAGAGCCUGCUGGUGCAUGACCUCAACAUGGGCAAUCUGCCGAGUCAGUUAGGAAAGGAGCCCGCUGGGAGAAAAGGUCGAAGGUCAAACGGUGACGGACAGGAGGGUAAACCAAGAAAGAAGAGAAGCGAGGCAAAGUCAAUGAUGCUGGAUGGAGAUGGAGGCAGCCUGUCACCAGGAAACAAGCCUCACAUCUGUGAGCACUGCGCUGCAUCGUUCAGAAGCUCCUAUCACCUACGCAGACAUGUCCUCAUUCACACUGGUGAAAGACCCUUUAGAUGCAACCAGUGCAACAUGAGUUUUAUUCAGAAGUAUCUUCUCCAGCGACAUGAGAAAAUCCACAGUGGAGAGAAGCCAUUCAGCUGUGACCAGUGCAACAUGCGAUUCAUUCAGAAGUACCACAUGGAGAGGCACAAGAGGACACAUAGCGGAGAGAAGCCGUACAGAUGUGAGACCUGCCAACAGUAUUUUUCUAGGACAGACCGACUGCUUAAGCACAAGCGAACCUGUGGAGAAGCCAUAAAGAAGGGGCUGGAUCCCGGGAUGAUGGACCUGGGUUGUGUUGACAUGGGCCAUGGCAGCUAUGGAAUCACUCAGGGAAAUGUUGGGAGUACUGGCAGAAAGAGGGGGAAGUCUAAAAAUUGUGGAGAGGGAGGGGAGCGCAGAAAGAAGAAGGGGGAUGCAGGAGGGGGCAGAGUACCGCACAUUCACGGUCCAGCGUCUGGAGGCUACAGCAUCCAUGAUUACUCUAUGGAGAAUCAGACAGUAUCUUCCUCUACCGAGCCGGGGCCCAGCAUGCAGCAGAGCCACCAUGGCCGAGCUCCAAAGAUGGCGUUCAAGAGGGCCAAUCGCAAGAGUCCGGCCAAAGCAAGCCCGUUGGAGCAGAGUGUGGGCAUGGAUGGACUUGGCCUCAUGCAGGGUAAUGGAGCCAAAGUUGGCACCAGCAGCAACUACGACGACGCCAUGCAGUUUCUGAAGAAGAGACGCUACCUUCACGCAGCAAACAAUGCAAACCCAUCAGGGCCUGUGGUGACUGGAGUAACCAGCAGUGAGUACGACGUCGGCGUUGGUCACUUGUCUUCCCAGCCAUCUGUAGUACAAGGCGUCAUUUCCAGUGUAAUGGACAGUGACUUGCCACUGAGUCUCGACAAGUCAGGGAUCCCUGAUGAGGUGCUGCAGAGCCUCCUUGACCACUACUCCCAGAAACAUGAUGGCUCGCACCACGACGUUCACUUUGACAUCAGUGACCAGCACGUGGACCUUAACUCCGUCUCAGCUGACAGUCCUGACAUCGGCCACAGCACAGACACCUCCAGCCCGUGUGGAGACAAGAACGUCAUGAUGCACGAGUACUCUCGCUUCCUGCUGCAGGCUUUGGAGCGCACCAGCCACACCACCAGCUUCCCUCUGGGCCCCGGGCCUCCCCCCUCAGGACCGUUCACCAAUUCCCACCCAGGCAACCCCCUCUACGCUGACAAGAACAUCUACACUACGUCCCCGCUGGAGUGUGGGUUUGGCCAGCCGGUGGCCUCGCCUUCGCUGCCCUCAUCUGUGCCAAAAUCUCACUUUGCGAUGCUGACGGGCUCCUCGCCACAGCACAGCUUCCACCUGAGCGGCCUGGAGCCCCCACACCAGCAGCUCACCCCGUCUCAGGAGCUCACCGACCAGAUGGAGAAGCAGCACUCCUCCACUCCCCCCUCCUCCUACCAGAUCAGCCCAUCUGACCUGAGCAGCGAGAAAAACCACCCGCCAGUCAAGAAUGGCACGGCAGUCUUCCCUCUGGCCCCCUCGCAGAAUCUGGCCCCUCUGGACUCCUCAAAGCCUUCCUACCAGAUUGAAAACUUUGCCCAGGCCUUUGGCUCCCAGUUCAAGUCAGAUGGCCGCGGCUUGUCUUAUGGCACUGACUCUGGCGGGGAGGUGGAUCACAGGAUACGGACGCCUGUGUCUGAAUUCUCAGGGUAUACUAGUUUGUUAUCUGAUGUCAAUGAGCCAGUAAGUACAGGUUCCAAAACUCCAACAAGCCAAAGCUACAGAUGAGAGCCUGAUAGGGAGAGAACACACUGUCGUUAAAGCUGAUGUUCUUAUUUUAGCUUUUUAGUGCUCCUAUUUUAUUAUUAUUAUUAUUAUUAUUAUUAUUGUUAUUAUUAUUUUUUUAAGUCUUUAUUUUAAUUAUACUGAUGCUCUGUUUUUGUGCCCACUCCUCCCCACAAAAAGCCUGCAAGGCUUCUUGCAACUGCAUUAAAAAAAAAAAAGUUUCUGUUAUUUUUAAGUUAAAUAUGUAUUGACUGUUUAUUAUCGUCAUUUUAGGGACAUUAGGUCUAGUCAUUAUUCAUGAACUGAAAGUACUGUUUGUUUGUUUUUAGGUAAGAGAAGUAGUAGCGCCGGUCGUAUUUCUUUUCCAACGAGCUGAAGUGUUUGAGCAAUCAACUUUACAACUGUAAAAAAAUAACAAUGGAAAUAAUGGCAGGGAAUAGCCCAGAAUCGAAAUAGCAAAAAGAAACAUAGAAGUUGUUGUCUGUUACAAGGUUAAAAGUAUUACUCAGGAAAAAAGUGGAAAUGGAGAAGCCUACGAGGUGCAGUGAGCGCGGUUUUCAGAAGUGUGAGGAUUUUUCUUAUGUUUUGUUACUUGUUGAAUGAGUGUGACAUAAACCGACUGCUGCCAGCUCACUUGAACACUGAAACACUUUCUACUUGGCUAUAUAGAGAUUAUGGUACUUUCAUGUCAAUGUGAAACUCAUGUUUUCUUCAAUAAGGGCCAUAUAUAUAUAUAUAUCUAUAUAUAUAUAUAUAUAUAUUUAUAAGAAUAUAUAUUAAUGUAAAAUAACAGAUUUAAUCAUUCUGGGGAGCUGCCAGUUGAAGUACUGGGAGAACGAGGGUCGGUUCAGGGGGUAAAUGUUGUCCGUGGUAUAUUUUUGGAGAACAAAAAUGAUGUCGGGCUUUUCUUUGGCCAAUAGAGGUUGCUGUUGGACAGUGAUAGAACGGCCUUCCCUUUUUCCUGCCCUCCUCUUCCUCAGUUAUUUUAUUUCUUAAGAAAAAAAUAUCCAAUUAGCACUUUGAGCCGUUUUCGUACAUCGAGUACAUUGCCCCGUCGGAUGGAGGAAGCUCAAACGUCAGGAAUGGACUGGCUUUUUGACUGAGACUUAUUGUUUCUGUAUAUGCAGAUGGAGGUUGAACAUAUUGUGGGUGGAUGAUAGGGAUACCCUUUGUUUGGGUAGCAUGGGUGGGGUGGGGGUGGGGGGGUCGAUAUGUGAAAGUGGGAUUUUUCAUUAACAUUUUCUCCUUUUAGGGAUUAGUGAGGGAGGUAGGGGCUUUUAAAAAUACGGUGACAUUUAAUCGGGACAAUGUAAAUGUAAUUCAAACCCCUAGUUUUAGUUUGACUUGUUACCCAACUUAGCAGCUUUGCUUUCGUAAUUGAAUUUUUUGACAAAAUGUGUUAGUGAUCAAGUAUGUCUUCAGCUAUUACUGAGGCAGCCAUAUGCAGUAUGAGCAGUAAAAAAAGAUGGCUGACGAAAAAUUUGUAUGCAUUUAGACUUUUCACAUGUGCUGGCAGCACCAUGCAUAUUUGUCCCCAGUAGAAUUAAUUGGGUGCCUAUAUCUGAGAAGAACAGGUGCAAGAUAUUGUCUAGUAAAAUGUUAGAUGUAACUUCUUGCUGAUUUCUAAAUGUAUUUAUGCUGUACGUCUUUUAUUUCUUCGUAAAGACGACAAUAAUCGCGCUGUCUUCCAUAGCUAGUGCUGGAAAUGAUAUCACUCUGCUGAAUGACUCUUCAGACCCCUUUACACCCCAAUGGCCUGUUUUAAGCAAUCAUUAAACAUGGUGCGAAUGCAAUGCUGUAAUAUCUUAAAAUAGUGUGAUGCCAUGUCGAACGGUUGAGGCGUAAAGCAAGAAAUCGCCUCACAUAUACCUCAUAUCACAAUAAAGCAGGGACAGAGGAGUGAAGGAUUGAUGCAAGUAGCAGAGAUGCUGUUUUAUGUGUUUUUAAAAAAAAGUCUCUGUGUGACUAUUUUUGUGAACAUGACAUUUAUGUGACCCAUUAAGACAACGUCGCCUCAGGGUUUCUGUAAAUGUCUCAUGCCAACCAGUGUUCAGUCUCUUCAGUUGGACCUCCUCUCCCCUCCACAUCGUAUUUGCCAUAUUGUUUCAAUAUGCUUUUUGUUUACAAAAAAAUGUACAAAACACUACAUCUUGCUGUACUUAAUUCUGACCCCUGUAUACAUUUUAUUUUACUAUCUUUCUUUCCCUUUUAACAUUUUUUUUAUCACCGCCAAAUUUUGUAGCUGAUAUCUUCCAUUCUUAUGUUGUUUCAGGUUCUUGUGACUCGUUUCACAAGACUGUACUUGUCCAAUGAAUUUAAAAUUGAUUAGGGAGAAAACAAUAAAAAAAACGUAUCAACAA